AUGGAAAGAGAGAGGAAGGCGGAGAUGGUGAUGUUCGAGUGCAAGACCUGUCACCGGAGGUUCUCCACCUUCCAGGCUCUGGGUGGUCACCGGACCAGUCACCGGCGGCAGCCCAAUCUGCCGGCGGCGUGGCUCCGCCCCUGCCGGAAGUCUGAGAAGGUCCACGAGUGCACCGUCUGCGGCCUCGUGUUCGCCGCCGGCCAGGCUCUCGGCGGGCACAUGAGACGGCACAAGUCGGCGGCGGCGGCGGCGGCGGAGGGGGUAACCUCGCCGCCGGCGGGAUCGCCGGCCAGCCUCUUCUUCCGCCUGGACCUGAACCUUCCUCCCAUGGAGGACGAAGCUGGCUUCCUCACUCUGGGCCCAGGAAAAUAA